CAAAAAAGCGUAAAUUUCGAAAAGGGUUGAAAUUUUGAUUAUUUUACCUCUGGACUAUAGAUAUAUAUAUAUAUACACAGCGCCACCACACAGGUAGGUUGGUAAUGCAUGAGGUCUCGCUGGAUCAAUCGCGUGCGCACGGUCACUGGCGUGGCCCCCGCGGCUCUCAUCUAGCAACGCACCCGAACUGCAGCACGGCAGCCGCGGCACGUGUCCAUGGGCUUCGGCCCCCCACGGCUACAGAUGUCCACUCCUCUCUCCUGGUGCGUGUCGCUCGUAAAUUUAUUUUCUUUUACUGGAGAGAAGUGUGAUGCCGCUCCUCGCGCAAAUUAAUGAACGAAAAAAUCGAGCAUCGAUCCACACUAUAAAUUAUGGCGCAUCACCAGGCACCGGUGUUCCUACAUAGAUCGAUCGAGUUCCCAAAUCAGCACCGGAACAGAGCGAUCGAUAGCGAAGGAAUAUAUAUAUAUAUACACAGGUUCGUAGCACUACAUAUCGACCAUGGCUCAGCUGGUGAACAAGGCGAAGGAUUUCGUGGCCGACAAGGUGGCCAACGUGCAGAAGCCGGAGGCGGAUCUCACCGACCUGUCGGUGAACUUCUCCGGCCAACUCAACGUCUACAACCCCUACAGCCACGGCAUUCCCAUCUGCGAGAUCUCAUAUUCCUUCAGGAGCGCCGGCAGGGAGAUCGUGUCGGGGACGAUGCCGGAUCCGGGGUCGCUGAAGGGGAAGGAGACGACGAGGAUGGAGAUACCGCUGAAGGUGCCGUACGACUUCCUGAUCAGCAUCAUGAAGGACGCGAGGAGGGAUUGGGACAUCGACUAUGAGCUCCGCGUCGGCCUCACCGUCGACCUCCCCAUCAUCGGCAACUUCACCAUCCCCGUCUCCAAGAAGGGCGAGCUCAAGCUUCCCACUCUCUCCGACGUCUUCUAACUGAAUCUACUAGCUAGCUAGUUCUGUGUUGCUCCCGAUGUGGCGUGUGUGUUUGUCACACGUGUAGGAUAAUAAGUGCCGUGUAAACAAUAAUAAGAAAGAAAUAAAAGUUAAUUAUUAUUAUUAUUAUGGGUCACGCUUGAAAACUAAAAAUACGUGGAAGUAGCGUACGAUCCAAUUGAAUCCUCCGGGGGACUGCAGAUGAACCAUCACUUACUAUACAGCAGAGACAACAACUCGAUAACUCAACGAUGCUCUCUCUUUACAACAAGCUGAGAACUAUGUGAAAGAGCAUUGUCAACGCGAUGCUCCCUCAAACAUACAAAUUUCCUAAGAAACAAUUGGUAAGUCGUGCAUUGUGCCCAAUAAUAGGUGCGUGUAAAUUGUACUACAAGAACCUGAACGUUCCACUCGAAGUUUCACCCUUUCUGGUUAUCAAAUUUUCAAAUUCAACCUAAGGAAUCCUAAAACGUUUAAAAAAUCUUUCUAUUUUCAAGAUGAAAUUAAUGGCCACAAGAUGCGAGGUCGAUAGCCAUCCAGAGAACAAUUUUCUUUCCAAGCAUAAGUAUCAAAAUAUUUUUGAGGCUUAUUGGGUCCUAAAAAUUUGAC